AAAUACCGAUCAGUCGUGAAAAUAAACACCACACACACCGAUCCAACUAAGUGAUUCACGAAUUGACUGUUUAAAGUGAUUUUAUGUGCUUAAUUAAUUCAUUAUUUGGUGGAAAAUCUGUGAAUUGUAAGUGCCUAAAGAAAUACUUACUUUCAGGAGUUUUUUUCAUAUUUUCACAAUAAAAAAUACAAACGCAUGCUGCCACAAUGCGCAACAUGGGAGCUGAUGCCCGAAUCUCAGCCAUCUAUUUACUUUUUAUCGCCAUCCCGUUAAUUCUAGCACAAGAUUGCUCAUAUUUCGUAGCAGUUCCGAGAGAAGACAAACCAGAGCAAGAUAAUCCAGAUUUUUCAGGUACACCCUGGUCGUCGCGGCCGCUGCUGCCGCCUCCAGACCGCGAUGACAUCUGCAUCGGAUCCAUGUCUCAGACCGGAAACACUGUGAUCCACAACAUCUACAUGGACGAGUCUAUUGAGGGAGAUGUCAUCAUUGCAAGGCUCAAUUAUGAAGAUACUGGCACGCCCACCAUCGGCACUUUCCUGGGCCAGGGCCCGAGGGACCUGCUGGGGCCGGUGAUACGCCGGGUCCCCGAGCUGGACAACGCCUGGCACCUCGUCAUUACACAGAAGCAGGACUAUGAGACUCCGAUAAUGCGGAGCUACAUCUUCCCGAUCUCCGUGAGCGGCGAGGCCACCUCGGCGCGCGUGCAGCUCACCAUCGUCAACAUCGACGACAACCCCCCCUUCAUCCAAGCCUUGGACGCCUGCUUCGUCAACGAGCUGACGGAGGCGCCUCUGCUCACGGACUGCGUGUACGACGUGACUGACGCCGACGGCUACAUCAGCACGGGCUUCAUGACCUACAGCCUCAGCAGCGACCGCGGCGACGAGCUGCUGUUCGACGUCGACUCGCAAGAGGUUGAGAACGACCAGUACCGCCUCAGGAUGACCAUCAAGCUGUUGCAGCCGCUGAACUAUGAGACCAACAUGAUACACAUCUUCUCUGUUACUGCGUUUGACUCGUUGCCCAACAACCACACGGCGAGCAUCUCCGUGCGUGUUCAGAACGUGGAGUCCCGGCCGCCGCGCUGGCAGGAGAUCUGGGCCGUGCAGCAGUUCGAUGAGAAGACCAACCAGAGCUUCUCCGUCAGGGCCAUCGACGGAGACACCGGCCUGGACCGCCCCAUCGCUUACAGACUGGAGAAAAACGAGACAUACACUUUCUUUGACAUCGAAACCAUCGGGGGUGGUAAAGAUGGAGCCAUCUUUACUGUAACAGGCAUAGACCGGGAUACUCUGCAACAAGAAGUCUUCCAGGUGUCCAUCAUAGCAUACAAGGCUCACAACGAGGCAUUUUUUACGGAGACCAAUGUGGUAAUUAUAGUGAACGACGUGAACGACCAGAGGCCUGAGCCGCUGCAUAAAGAAUACCGAACGGAAAUUCGUGAGGAAACGCCACUGACGAUAUCAUUUGAUAACGACUUCGGAUUUCAUGAUCAGGAUUUGGGUGACAACGCGCGAUACGAGGUGAAGCUGAAGAGCGUCUCUCCAGCGGGCGUGGCCGACGCGUUCUACAUCGCGCCCGGAGUCGGCUACCAGCGACAGACCUUCACCAUGGGCACCAUCGUCCACUCGAUGCUCGACUACGAAGUGCCCGAGUUCCAGAGCAUCAUCGUCAGCGUGACAGCCACGGACCUAAACGACCCGUCUCUAGUGGGAGAGGCGACGGUGUACAUCGAUCUGGUGAACUGGAAUGAUGAGGAGCCGAUCUUCGAGCUGGCGACGUACCGAGCUGCUUUCAACGAGACUGAGGGCCAAGGCUACGUCGUCGCCACCGUGCUCGCCAAAGACAGGGAUAUUGGAGAUGUCGUCAAACACUCGCUGCUGGGCAACGCCGCGAGCUACCUGGCCAUCGACGAGCUCACGGGCGAGGUCACCGUGGCCGUCGACAACGCCUUCGACUACCACCGACAGAACGAGCUGGUUGUACAGAUUCGUGCUGAAGACACCCUGGGGGAGCCGUACCACAUCACCACCACCCAGCUCGUCAUAGAGCUCUAUGACGUGAACAACACACCGCCAACCAUUCGCUUGCCCAGCGAGAGCCCUCGCGUGGAGGAGAACGUGCCCUCAGGGUUCGAGAUCACGCGCGGGGUGACGGCCAGCGACCCCGACACCACCGCCGAGCUGCACUUCGAGAUCGACUGGGAUGCCUCCAGCGCCACCAAGCAGGGACGGAACGCCGACCGGGCGGAGUUCGUCGAGUGCGUCAAAAUCGAAACCAUUUACCCAGAUGAGGAAAAUAAAGGAAACGCCAUCGGACUCAUAGUGGCCAACGAGAUCCGGCCUGGAGUCACCAUCGACUUCGAGGAGUUUGAGGUCCUGUACCUGUCCGUCAAGGUUACAGACAAGAACACCGUCAUAGGAGAUCCUGACGAUCAAUUGAUGUUCACAAUCAUCAUCAUCGACAUGAACGACAACCCGCCAGUGUGGUCGGCCGGCACGCUGGACGCCUCGUUCCGGGUGCGAGAGGUCGCCAGCACGGGCGUGGUGAUAGGCUCCGUGCUCGCCACUGAUAUCGACGGACCGCUGUACAACCAGAUACGAUACUCUAUUAGAGAGCGAGAGGACACUCCAGCCGGUCUCGUCAAGAUCGACCGUCUGACGGGCCAGAUCGACGUGGACGCCGACCAAGCCAUAGACGCGGACGAGCCGCCGCGCCCCGCGCUCCACUACACCGUGAUCGCCAGCGAUGAGUGUGACUACGAGGAUAAAGAGGACUGCCCGCCUGAUGAUAAUUUCUUUGAGACUGAGGGCAAUAUAACGAUCGCAAUCACAGACACGAACAACAAGGCGCCGCAGGUGCUCACCAGCGACUUCACCGUGUACGUGUGGGAGAACGCCACCAACGGCACCGACGUGCUGGCACUAGAGGCCAGAGACGCCGACAGAGACGACAUAUACAGCUUCAUCCGCUACCAGAUAAACUUCGCGUUCAACAACCGCAUCCGCGCGUUCUUCGACGUGGAGCUCGACACGGGGCUCAUCUUCGUGCACUUCACCACGGACGAGGUGCUGGACCGCGACGGAGACGAGCCGGAGCACAGGAUCUUCUUGACCGCUUACGACAAUUUCUAUUCUGAUGGCGACGGCAACAGGAACCAGCAGGAGCUGGAGGUGCUGGUGGUGCUGCUGGACGUGAACGACAACGCGCCGGAGCUGCCGCCGCGGGACCAGCUCGCCUGGACCGUCUCCGAGAACCUGGACCAGGGCAUCCGUUUGGUCCCGGACAUCGAGGCGCCGGACCGCGACGAGCCCAACACCGACAACUCCAGGGUCCAGUACGAGAUACUGGACCUCAGCCUCGUGAACCGAGACCUGGAGCUACCAGAACUCUUCACCAUGGUCAAUCUGGACAACAAGACCGGCGAGCUCGAGACUACCAUGCCCCUCAAGGGCUUCUGGGGCACCUACGAUAUACACAUACGGGCGUUUGACCUCGGGGUGCCGCAGCAGGCGUCCGAAGAGACGUACGUGCUGACGGUGGCGCCCUACAACUACCACGCGCCGCAGUUCGUGUUCCCCGCGCCCGGCGCCGUGCUGAGACUCGCCAGGGAAACAGCUUUGGCGGGCCUGGAACUGGUGGACGGAACUAAGCUGAGGAAGGUGGAGGCCACUGACGAGGACGGGCUGGAGGCCGGCGAGGUCACCUACUCCAUCGUGGGCAGCGAUGAAGCUAUGGAAUAUUUUACUAUUAUUCCAUCUGACGGUACACUGCUGCUUACUUCGCCAAUACAGGAUGAAGUAAAGACAUUUGAGAUGACGAUCAGGGCGACGGACGGCGGCACGGACCCGGGCCCGCUGCACACUGACGUCACGUUCACCCUGCUGUUUGUGCCCACGCGCGCCGACCCUGAGUUCCGCCCCAACCAGGCUGAAGUCUCGUUCUUUGAAAAAGAACAAGGCCUCACGGAGACUUUCCAGCUGCCAGAGGCUGUGGAUCUCAAGAAUGAAGGAUGCACCGCCGACGCCGGCGAUUGCUACUCCGUAUACUACAGGAUUGUUUCGGACAUCAGCGAGUCAUUCAAGGUGGACGCAGAGAAGAACAUUAUAUCGCUGACGCGUGAGUUGGACCGGGCCGACGGGGUCCGACACAUCGUGACUGUGGCCGCCAGCAACCAGCCAGACGCCACGGACAACCCCACCAACGUGCUCACUGUCACCGUGUUUGUGAGGGAAGCUAAUCCUCGGCCGAUUUUCGAAAAUGAAGUGUACACCGCUGGCAUCUCCACCAUGGACUCUAUCAACAGGGAACUACUUACAGUUAAGGCAACCCACACAGAGAACCUGUCAAUAAAGUACGCGAUAGACCCAAGCUCGAUGGUUGCGGACGCCACGCUGCAGAGCGUGCAAGGGUCGGCCUUCGAUCUGGACGCUGACUCCGGAGUCCUGACCCUCAAGAUCAAGCCGACGGCUUCCAUGCGCGGCAUGUUCGAGUUCGAGGUCGUCGCCACGGAUACUGAGCAAGCUACGGACCGUGCGGAGGUGAAGGUGUACAUCGUGUCCGACAACAACCGCGUCUCCUUCCUCUUCCAGAACCAACUCACGCAAGUGGAGCAGUACAGGGACUUUAUAGCGCAAACCCUGUCGGCGGGUUUCAAGAUGGCGUGCAACAUCGACGAGGUGAUUCCGUCGACGGACGCGGGCGGCUCCCCGGUGGAGGGGGUCACGGAGGUGCGCGCGCACUUCAUCAGGGACAACCAGCCGGUCACUGCUGAUGUCAUUGAGGCGCUCCGGAGCGACGUGGAACUCCUGACCAACAUCCAGCGUACACUCAACACCAACCUACUGGUGCUCACUGACUUCGUGACGGACAUCAGCCCCUCGGUGACGGCGGACGCGGCGCGAGUCAUCAUCUACCUGCUGGGGGCGCUGUCAGCCGCGCUCGCACUCGCUUGUCUCGUGCUGCUGGCUGCUUAUUGGUUUAGGACGAGGGCCUUGAACCGGCGUCUGGAAGCACUAUCGACCACUAAGUUCGGCUCCAUGGACUCGGGGCUGAACCGCGUGGGCAACAUCAGCGUGCCCGGCACCAACAAGCACGCCGUGGAGGGCUCCAACCCGAUCUGGAACGAGCAGAUCCGGGCUCCCGACUUCGACGCUAUCAGUGAAGAUUCGGACAACUCUGACCUCAUCGGCAUAGAGGACCUGCCUCAGUUCAGAUACAACUACUUCCCUCCCUCGCCGGGACAAGCGAGGAAUGCAGAACCUAAGAAUGAACAAGAGGAUGAGCUGCCGAGCCACAGCAACCACUUCAAGUUCAAUGCUACACCGUUCAACCAGAACUUUGGAUCACAGAAAUUCUAAUAUUUCUAAUAUUUAUGUUAAAUAUUGUAUAAAUUGUAUAAUAAUCUAUGAAAAAAUAUAAUAAUACUCUAAGUAUUGAAACUUAUACACGUACCUGUCCAAAAAGUAUAAUAAUCAUAACUAAUAAUAAGUAAAGUGCCUUACUUCAUAAGAAUUAAUUAUUAUGACUAUAACCCCAUGUAAAUAAAAUUAUUGCAGUUUU